AUGCCUCCUCGACAGAAAUUGUCUGAUGUAAACAAAGGACGAGACAUUGCUUGGGUACAAGAUGGUGUUUCACUCCGACAAGUUGCUACACGUCCUCGAGUGUCCGUUUCUGUCAUUUCACGGCUGAUUCAGCGUGCCAACACCACUGGUAGUGCCCAAGAGCGACCCAGAUCAGGUCGACCAAGAACCACUAAUGCAAGGGAAGACCGAUUCAUUCAUAGACAGGCUCUGCAGUCGAGAUCCGCUUCUGCAAAUCGCAUCCAGACACGGCUGAGAGCGGCAACUCGUGUUAACAUUAGUUGUCAGACCGUACGAAGACGUCUUCAUGAGUUUGGACUUAAUGCACGUCGACCAGCAGUCCGUCAGCAUCUCACCUCAGCACACAAGGCUUGCCUUUUGCCGACGCCAUGUAAGAUGGACACGUUACCAGUGGGCAAACAUUCUCUUCAGCGACGAGUCCCGGUUCUCUUUGCAUCACAAUGA